GGCUAUUAAACCCGUAUCACAUAAAAAAAUUAUUAAAAAAAGAACGAAAAAAUUCGUAAGAUUUGAAAGUGAAGAUUUUGGAAAAUUACGUUCUUCUUGGAGAAGACCAAGAGGUAUUGAUAAUCGUGUUAGACGUAGAUUCAGAGGAUAAAGAAGUAUGGUGAAAAUUGGUUUUGGUUCUGACAAAGCAACAAAGCAUUUACUUCCCAAUGGAUUCAAAAAAUUCUUAGUUACUAACUUAUAAGACCUCGAAGUUCUUUUAAUGAACAAUAGAUAAUAUUGUGGAGAAGUUGCACACAAUGUUUCAGCUAGAGUUAAAGCAUAAAUCGUUAAAAGAGCUGCUGAACUUGGAGUUAGAAUAACUAAUGGAAAUGCUAAGGUUAGAACUGAAGAGAAAAAAUGAUGAUAAUUUAUAUAAAAAUAAAUAAAUAUAAAUAAAUAAAGAUCGGGAAAUAUUUUUUUAAAUAAAAGCUUUUGUAUUUCUUUUUUUUUUUAGUAAAUAAUUUUAUUUAAAUAUAAUAAUUUUUUUUUUAAUUCUUAAACA